GAAAAAUCGAACAAAACGGCAAAACCCUUCUCAUUUGGCGGCCUAUAAAAAAAGCAUGGCGCGAAACCACAGUAAAACCUUUGAGCGUAUGUAGCAUAGAAGACUGAACGAUUUCGACGCCAAACGAAGCACCACCAUGGAAGCUGAUCCGGAGCUGCCGUCUGCUGAAGGAGUGGAUGUCGAAAUGGAAGUAGAAAUAGGACCGGUUCCGCGUUCGAAUUCCAGGGAUCCGCCGCCGAUUCAUCGCCUGGACGAGUCUGUGGUGAACAGAAUUGCGGCAGGAGAGGUUAUCCAGAGACCGGUCUCGGCCGUGAAAGAGCUUGUAGAGAACAGCCUAGACGCCGGUUCCACCUCAAUCUCCGUUGUUCUCAAGGAUGGAGGCCUCAAACUCAUUCAAGUCUCCGAUGACGGUCACGGCAUUCGCAAAGAGGAUUUGCCAAUAUUAUGCGAGAGGCACACAACAUCUAAGUUGAGUAAAUUUGAGGAUUUGCAAACAAUCAAGUCUAUGGGAUUCCGGGGGGAGGCUUUGGCUAGCAUGACUUAUGUAGGUCAUGUAACAGUGACCACCAUUACGAAGGGUCAGUUUCAUGGAUACAGGGCAACUUAUAAAGAUGGUGUGAUGCAAGAUGAGCCAAAAGCGUGUGCAGCUGUAAAGGGUACUCAAAUAAUGAUUGAAAAUUUAUUUUAUAAUAUGGCUGCUCGGAGGAAAACACUUCAGAACUCCGCAGAUGAUUAUCCAAAAAUUGUGGAUCUUAUCAGUAGGUUUGCGAUUCAUCACAGCAACGUGAGCUUCUCGUGUAGAAAGCAUGGAGCUGCUAGAGCUGAUGUUCACUCAAAUGCAACACCCACAAGGCUUGAUGCAAUAAAUUCAGUUUAUGGUGUGUCAGUUUCACGAAAUUUAAUAAAAAUUAGUGUUUCUGACAACGAUCCAUCAAGUUCAGUUUUUGAAAUGGAUGGUUUAAUCUCCAAUGCUAAUUACGUUGCAAAGAAGAUAACUAUGGUGCUUUUCAUCAACGACAGGCUGGUCGAAUGUGGUGCUCUCAAGAGGGCAAUUGAAAUAGUCUAUUCCGCAACAUUGCCCAAAGCAUCAAAACCAUUCGUGUAUAUAUCAAUCACUCUGCCAUCAGAGCAUGUUGAUGUGAAUGUACACCCCACAAAAAGAGAGGUUAGCCUAUUGAACCAAGAGGUUAUUCUAGAGAAGAUACAAUCUGUGGUAGAACUCAACCUGAGAAGUUGUAACGAGUCCAGGACAUUUCAAGAGCAGGCAGUUCAUCCUUCUUCACCCAGCACAUUGGCAACCAGGAAAGAUUCACAAAAAGAUUCAUCCAGAUCUGAGAUAAAAUCACAAAAAACUCCUGUACAUAAAAUGGUAAGGACAGAUACACUGGAUCCUGCUGGAAGGCUGGAUGCAUACCUGCAAAUUGCACCUUCUAAUAAUCCAGAAAAAAGUACUUGCUUGACCUCUGUGAGGUCUUCUAUUAGACAAAGGAGAAACCCUAAAGAGACUGCUGACCUUACUAGCAUUCAAGAGCUCAUCAAUGAGAUCGAAUCUACCUGUCAUUCCGGUUUAUUGGACAUUGUGAGGCACUGCACAUACAUUGGAAUGGCUGAUGAUGUUUUUGCUUUACUUCAACACCAAACUCACCUUUAUCUUGCCAAUGUAGUUAACCUGAGCAAAGAGCUCAUGUACCAACAAGCUUUGCGGCGGUUUGCCCAUUUUAAUGCCAUUCAACUAAGUGAGCCUGCCCCAUUACAUGAGUUGCUAAUGCUUGCUCUUAGAGAAGAAGACGUGGCUAGCGAAAGUAAUGGAGAUGAUGAUCUGAAAGAAAAGAUUGCUGAUAUGAAUAUAGAUCUUCUUGAACAAAAAUCUGAAUUGCUGGAUGAGUAUUUUAGCAUCCAUAUUGAUUCAAAUGGUAAUUUGUCCAGACUUCCUGUCAUAUUGGAUCAGUACACGCCUGACAUGGACCGUGUCCCCGAGUUUGUGCUUUGUUUGGGAAAUGAUAUCCACUGGGAGGACGAAAAGGAUUGCUUCCAAUCAAUAUCUGCUGCUCUUGCCAACUUCUAUGCGAUGCAUACUCCUUUGUUACCCAAUCCCACAGGUGAUGGCUUCCAAUUCUACAAAAAAAAGACAAGUUCAAGCAGUAUCAAUGGACAAGAAAAAUCCCCCAACUCUACCGAGGAUAACAUGAAGGAUGUAUAUGAUAAUGGUUUACUUUCAAUGGCUGAAAACGCAUGGGCGCAGCGAGAAUGGUCGAUUCAGCAUGUUUUGUUUCCAUCCCUCAGACUCUUCUUCAAGCCCCCAAAUUCAAUGGCCACAAAUGGAACUUUUAUAAAGGUUACUUCACUUGAGAAGCUUUACAGAAUUUUUGAACGAUGUUAAUGCGGGUGGCUGAGGACAAUCCAUUGCUGUUUAAUCUCUCAUCUGCUGUUUAAUAGUGUUUUUGUGUGUAUAGACAUUAAUUAGUAGUAGACUAGUAGUGCAUGGUAGACUAAAUAUGAUUGCUUAUGCCUUCAAAAUGCAGACUUCGUGUGGCUUUCUAGUGAUGUGCUGUAUUUUGCACUUUUUUGAUUAUAUAUAAUGAUUGUAUUAUUUUAACAUCCAUUCCAAAGGUUUUGGGUGGUUCUGAGAUUUCUCAUCCCAUACCAAAGGUAAUUUUGACCUGUACUAGAAUUGAAAGAACCGAAAAGGUUAAUACUGUAUUACAUUGUAGCAUGUUGUAUGAUGUGCUACAGAAAUAGUUCUUCAAGGAGAACCAUCACAGAAUUGAACAGUCC